GAAAAAGAAAACACUGUCCAGUUGUCCGUCGCGGAGCAUCGUUUUGCAAUCUGGUAGCAUUUAUCCGGUGUAGAUUCCUGAAUUUCGUCGCUAAUUUCCAGUUCGACUGUUUUAGUAUCUUGUGAAAAGCAUUGUUAAUCUAUUGGGUAUCUAUUUUGGCGCAAGAGUUCACUGCUUACUGUUGUUUUUGUGACGAAUUAAAGUGUUAGUCUUUCUCGAUUGGUUCUCUUUUGUUAACGGAAGUAUAUCUCCGGCUGUUAUCAGUGCUUUUGCAGUGCAAAGUUGUUCAAGCUUAAUUAAAUUUGGUGUUUUGUGUGGUGUUAUCUCGGUAUACAGGAAGAACCCAAUCAUGUCUGACGAGUGGGAAGUUGUUAGCAAACAGAAGAAACCCCGUAAGCCGGCCGGGGAUAAAAAUAAAUCUGUCGCUGGGAAAGCCGGGAUGUCCAAAAUAGAAGAUGCUGAAACAAUGGAUCAGAUUAGGUCACUGUACGCCAAUGUGAAGGACAAUCUGUUACUCGAUCCCAGUCACGGUAACAAAGAGAACAAAAACAGCCAAAAUGUGGCCAACGGAAAGCAGCAUAGCACCCAUCAACAGGAACGGAAGCGAUCACCUGGACGUGGUCAGCAGCAGAGCAAAGCUAAACAGAAGCACGAAGCGGAUAAAAAGCAACCUUUUAGGCCUAAGCACAGAGAUCUGGAGGCGGCAUUGAAGGCAGUGAUUGUUAGUGACCUUCGUGCACACCUGUGGGCAGUGAAUGAAAACUUCAAACAGAAUCACUUAAUGGCACUAAAAGCGAUAACGUCGUUCUUGAACGAAAACCUGCGCGUAGAUGUCGCUGACCCAACGUUUUCCAACAAAAGUCUUUCCUAUCCGUACGACGUGCUUCCUCAGGAUCUAAAAGAACUGAUUGAUGACACGAUUACCAAUGCAGGCGAUCAGAAUGUGCAAUAUUUCUACGAUCUAACGUUGUCCAACCUGACUGGUGACAUGAACAAAAACUUACCGCACCUGGGCCAUUCGGUUCUUCUGCAGGCAAUGGCCAUUAGCAAUCCUCAAAUCUGCGUCAACAAUUUAGCCAGGAAUGCCAUCCUGAGGAACUCUUUCCAAAACCGAAGCAACAUUGGGCUCAGUUUGCUGUGGGCUCUCGGGCAGGGAGGUUUCCACGACCCCAGCGUGGGUCUCAAAGUGUGGCAGGACAUCAUGGUUCCGGUGAUCGAGCUUAAAACCUACAGCAAAUACGUAUACGAAUAUGUCCAUAAAAUACUGCACCAGAACCCGUCUGCCAAGCUCGACAUCUCAUCCAGUGACUUCCUGACCAUACUGAGCUCCCUGACGACGCAGAACAAAUCCAACCGUGAUCUGUCCGUACUACUCGAAGAUGCUUCCAAGCUGCUGGUUGAACGAUACGUUCUCAGUGCCCCAAAAACUUCCAGCACCUUCACAACGCUGUUCAAAAACAUCCAGUUCAUCGCGAAACCGGAACUGAUCUACUUCGGACUGAUAUUGUGCCUCACGGAAGACCCCGAGUGCUGGACGGCCUGGCGGGGUCUCUAUAAGAAAAACAUUCAACAAACCACGGAUCUGUUAAGUUUUAUCGAAAGCACUUCAUCGAAAUCAGCAUCGAAGCUGUUAGGUGAUAGGCUGUUUCAUCAAUUCUUGGAUGAUAUACAACAUAUUAACACGGAGCUCGGAGAAAGCAGAAAGAAAAUAGAUGGACUCAAAGGAUCUGUGGCGGUGUUGCAGCAAGUGCAAGACAAAGUUGCCUCCAAGAAGAGCAAAGCCGCCAAGUCCGCCAAAUCGUCCCGAACGGGCGCGACCACAGUAUGCUGUAGUUUCCUGUUGGCCACAUUCCUGCUGUUCGGUCUGACCGGUGGCCUCAUCGGUUUCGACACCUACCGGGCGGGUGGCAAAUUCGAAAACUCCCACACCGGACAGCUGCUGAAGCAGGCUGGCCUGCUUCCGACCGUGCAGGACGCGUGGACCUGCUCGCUCAAGUACAGUGCGCGGGGCUUCAAGUGGGCCGAGGAACAUGUGCCGGUGUACUACGAGAAGACGAAGACGACCGUUGGACCCUACGUAGAAUUUUCGAUAGACUUCAGCAAAAUUCUAUGGAAUGGGGCCAAGAAGGGCUUCGGCAACGUGAAACUGCUGGUCGAACAGAAAACGCCGGUGGUGGUUGAGUUUGUUGAAAAGUACGCUCCUGGACUGCCGAAGAAGAUCGGUGACUUUGCCUGCUCGACGUGGACCACCGUCAGCACGUUUACGGUCAACACCUACAACCAGAGCUGCGAGUUCUUCAAAACUAAGGUGUUUGUUGGUCAACUAUCACCGGAAAGCUUGGGAAAAGCCUUCAACAGUACCCAACAGGCUGCUGCUCAGUACUAUAGUUGGUUCCACGAGCAGGUGGAUUUCUACGCCAAGGCGAAGUAAGCCCAACAGCAACAACAAUAGCAGCGCCGUCCCUUCUAGCGUUCAGCGUGAGUCACGAUGAUGUUGGAUAGAAACCAGGGAACGUAACACAAAACAAGGUAAAAAGAAAUUUUCAAAAGAAAUCCAACAUCGGAGAAUCCUCUAUUGAUCAGCAGCUUUCCGCCAUCUUUUGCAACCUUAGAACCGCUACAGUAAACUAGAAUUGUGCGCUUAACCAACAGUGAGAACAUCAAGAGCGCCGAGUUGCGCAUCCAUCACACUGAAAUCCCACUCGAUAACUUAUGAAUCAGCUACGAAUGUGUGCGCACGACAAAGAUCUUGGUAGCGAACAGCAAACGCUAUCGUUUUUAGUUUAUCGGAAAACAAGAUGAAUACCUAAUUGUAACAUGUGUGGAUGAUGAAGAACAAAAAUUGAUUAGGAAUAAUAGUUACAUUUUUUUUUGUUUUACGCGAGACGAUAACCAUUUUCUCGUACUCUUUUCUCAUGAUCGUGAACUGUAUGAAAGAGAUACGCACCUGUGUCGUCUUUGCCGAUCAAGAACGGCGGCAAUAUUGUGUGAAUUUAUUUAGAAGUACGGAAGACAAAGCCGGGUUUCCUAGAUGGUGGUUUAUAGUUUAGCAGAAAACUUUACAGAGCAAGGUACGAAGGAGAAAUUUGUUUUGAGUUAAUCCGGCGAGUAAAAGAAAAUGAUGGCUGAGAACAAACAAUAAAACUGAACAACAUUUGCGGAAGCAACAAAGUGAGCAUUUUCAUUAACGGUGAACAUUGUUUAAGUACAUUUGAUAGACUCUUUUUUUUUUAAAUAAUAUUUUACUAAUUUAAUUUUUUGUUUAAUACUAAGUCUCCGGUAACUGUUUAAUGAUGAUGAGAGGAAAAUAUAGAAAAGAUUCUAAAUUGAA